AUGUCGUCUCUUGCUUCUGACGAGGUCGCCGCCGACUUCAGGGAUGCUUUGCAGGAUCUCAAGAUGAACAGCAGGGCCGAAAUCACCAAUCUAACAAUCAUCGCAAAAGAAAAUACAGAGCAUGCACAAGCCAUCUCUAGGGAGCUGGAAAACCAUGUGAGAAGUACACGGCCUGAGUGGAAACUGCCGGCUCUGUAUGUGCUGGAUUCCAUUGUAAAGAAUGUCGGAACGCCUUACACAGUCUAUCUUGGGCGUAACCUUUACAACACAUUCGUCAAUACUUAUACCCUGGUCGACAAUCCCACUAGGAAAGCCUUGGAAGGUCUACUGAGAACAUGGAAGCAACCUGUCCCAGAGUCGAUGGAAACGAGACCAGUGUUUCCUGUCGAUGUCACGCGGGCUAUCGACAAUGUGCUUCUGAAAUUCAAGACCGUUGCCAUGCAGCAGCAGCACCAGACUCGCUCCCCGGCACCCCUGCCGGGCGCGGAUGCUAGACCAGCUCCGUCUCCCUUUGGCUUUCCACCCGGAACUGCUGCAAGACAGUCUCCAGCCCAAAAUGGAAUGCCCUUUGCACCGCCCCAAAUGCCGGCUCUCCAAUCUCCUGCUCCUUCGUUGGUUCUCCCAUACGCCUUGCCCGCGCAAGCCGUCCGGCAGUCCCCAGCGCCCGCUGCAGGCUUGCCGUUUAUGCCUCCUGCUGCCCAGCCCGUCCCAUCGGCUGAGAAGAUACUCGCUGAUGUGGAGCGUCUUAUUCAGGCUGCAAAGAUGGACUUUGCGACUAACAUUCGCGAUCCGGAGAAACAAAAACGGUUGCAAACGUUUCUUGACCUUCAAACAGUUCUCAAGUCACAACAACUUUCGCCAAAACAGCUCGAGGCUGUUGAGAUGCAGCUGGCUAAUCUUGGCGGUACCACCCCGCCUCAACCGAGCGUAUCAGCAGUAUCUGCCCCAGCUCCGAUGACCGCUCCGAUGGCGCCGCCAUUUACGAUACCCACGCCCACGCCCCAAUUCCCAUCCAUGGCCACACCUGUUCCGCAGUCAGCAACCCCGGUUCCUAUAUCAGCGGCAGCCCCUGCGGCUCCUCCUUCUUUAGCAGACAUGCUCCGCGGUUUCAAUCGGGGUACUACUCCCGUUCAGGCACCACUCCCUGCUCCGUCAGCUGCCCCGAUUAUCCCACCAGUCGCGCCGGCAGCUGCACCCCCAUCCGGUUUGUCGCUCGUCGACCUCCUAAGAGCCCAAGGGUUACUCGGCGGAUCAGCAGCCCCCACGCCCACCCCGGCGAUGCCGCACUCCGCUGUGCCACCUUCUUCUAGUGCGAAUGACGUAGAGUUAACCAAGGACUCUAUAAAGAGGCCACGUCCGGCACUGCUGAAUCUCCUUUACGAUGCGCGGCCGAACCAAUGCUCGACGUGUGGUCGCCGCUUUCCUAGCACUGAUGAGGGCAAGGUCAUGAAGAGGAGACAUCUCGACUGGCACUUCAAGGUCAGGGACCCUAACAUUGUGAAGCAAGCGAUCCAUAGAAGUUGGUACAUUGGUGAAAAAGAGUGGAUCGAAUAUCGCGAGCAGGACGAGGCGAAGCCGCCGCCGGAGACCAACGGCGCCUCGACAGCAGCGGCGAAGACGAGCCAGGUCAGCUUCGUACGAGUCCCGCUCGACCCGGAGCUGGUCAACGCGCCGUGCCCUAUCUGUCAGGAAAAGUUCACGCCAUCGAGGCUCGACGAUGAGUUUGUGUGGAUGGACGCGCUUCAGGUUGGACCCAAAAUCUACCAUGCGAGCUGCUACGAAGAGGUAUACGGCAAGGCCAGAGGGACGCCGGUGUCUGUUUUGGGCAAGAGGAGCGCGGACGAGGGAUACGGGACGCCGACGACGAAGAAGAUGGUAGUCUAA